UCCAGACUUGGCCAAACGCUUCAAAAAAUACAAUCCCAAUGAAACAGUGUUGGAAACCACGGCACGUAUCGAAGCUGAAUUUGCUUUGCUUGUACAGCAGGCUCGAUCCACCGUGUCAUCCUCCGGCAGUUUGUCUGUUUCUUCUUCUUCCUCUUCCAUGAUUGCACCCACCUUGACCGUCGCAGCAGCGGCGGCGGCUGCCUCCAGCUUGAAUGGAUCGACCCACGAAGCGGCUUCCACGUCUAGCAAAACCCGUAAACUAUCAAAAUCCAACGUGCCGUCGUCCCAAUCUACUAUCGAUUGGUUUCACCAAUUUGACGAUCCUCACACCAUUGCACUCGAACCUCGCCUUGAUCACACCCACGUCCAACCUUGGCUCAAAAGAAUCGAAGAACAAAUCGUACAGCACAGCUCCGAUGAUCCCUCGGCUUCCAACGAAUGGCAAGCACAGUUAUCCAAAAUCUUGCUGGCUCGCAUUUAUUUUGAAUCAGGACAAUUUAAAAAGGCUUUGGAGGCGUUGCAGAACCUUGCAUUGAGAUUGGAAGAUGUGACCGCAGGAUACGGCAUGGUGUUACUGGUGCAAGCUCGAGCCAUCAAAGGCAUUUGUCUUGAGCAGCAGCAUGAUCCCAGUAGCGCCAUGGAAGCUUACGAGGCUGCAUGGGCCGUUGUCAAUGAUCAUCCCGACGAAAAGAUAUCCGAGUCCCUUUUAUAUUGGAUAGAGAUCAGCUUGUAUCGCGCCAUCCUUUUACGCUUACGCACGCCUUCAUAUGGCAUUGCUACCACGCUCAUGUUAUUGCGCGCUUACGCUCAACUGGUGGCGAUGCCUACCUGGAAAACGACCUGGCGCAUGUACAAGCCAUGGAUUAUCUUUAGAGCCUAUGCCCAAUUUUUAUAUACCGUGUGUGGAAACGAUACGUAUGUCGCACCAAAUAACCAUUUCAAACACAGCCCUCAAGGACGAUUGGUGACCUCGGCCGCCACGGAGCUCGCCUACAUGAUGCGACUCUUUAGGAACCAGCUCCUCAUCCUCGCACCUUAUCUGUCGCCCACAGCAUUAAAUGAGCAUGUCCUGGAAUUAGCCCAUCUGAUGGAUCAAUGUCACGAUAUGAUUGGUUGGGGUUCCGUGCUUGAACUUAAACGGAUACGACAGUAUCUUGAUAAAGUGCGAGAGUUGACGUUUAACAGUGUCUGUAUCGCCCGCCAAACCUUUUUUGUGCUCGUACGCUUGGGCCACCACGACGAAGCCAAGUUCGCCUUCCGCAGCUACAUGGAAUUGGUAGGCCUACCCGAUAUUGACCAGAUGGGUACUGUCUACUUUGAUAACAGUCAUAUGAAUGAAAAUACCGUUCUGGAAGCGGGUCCCUUGGCCAGCAAGAUUCUGAAAAAACUGACGACACUGGGACAAAUCGACACAGAUCAAGCUUCGGCCCGUGAACAGCCAUGGCAGACCGAGACGGCUCAUCAUGUGGUGGCUGUACUGCUGGCGGCCAUCCAGCACCUUUACGCUCAUGACGGAGGAGACGGAAAAAUGGCGGCGGUGUUGUCUGAAGUGACUCUGGCUUUGGGACAGAGUUGUGAGACUGACACAUCUCCUGAUCAUCAUGCCAUGGCUCAGUUGCAUCGUGUACGAGGUGUAUCCUAUGGACUUUUGGUAGCUCAGUGCGACCAUCCCGAUGACCGACCGCUGUAUCACUACGAAUCGGUGGCUUCCUUGAAACGAGCCACCGAGCUUUGUCCGGAUGGAUGGCAGAACUACUUUGAACUGGCGCGACAGCAAGCACGUAUGCGUGAUACGCAUGCCGCGUUCCUUUCGGUCUCUCGAGCUAUUGAACUUCAACCUGACCAUUUACCGAGCUGGCAUCUGUUUGCUCUGCUGUCGUCUUGUUCAAGAUACAAUCAAGUACCGCAAGCUCUGGAAAAGCUGGAAACCACCGAUCCCUCGGGUUUCUCAGCCACACUUCCCUUUCCAGCACUUGAUAGUAAAACCGCCGCUUUACUCCCGGUGGUUUCAUGGAUUUCUGAGGAACCGAACCUCUCCAAUCGAUUUGCUCUGGCUGAAGCCCAUCUUGGGUUGCGAAUGGCCAAACUCGUGUUUCUUCAACAGGUCAAAGGAGCCGAAGCGGUCCUGGAGCUGUAUAAAGACGUGUUUGCUCAGUACGCUUUGCUGUCGCAGCAACUGUUUGGGGACACCAUGCCGUUGUACGGUGACAUAGACGAACCGUCCACUCCCAGCGACUUCGAUGACAAGUAUCGUGCUUCGACCGAUCGUUUUUCAUUUACCAGUCGCCGUAAAUCAAAAACGACCGAGUCUUCGUUCGCAUCGUCCAACACCACCGCCGCCCGCUCGGGUCGAUCACGGUCGGUGUCUAUGGCGGAGCAGCAAAGUCACCGUCGUCGCCGUUCCAGCAGUGUGACUUCCGCUAUGAGGAGUCCCGACGAUUUGGCCCAACCGCGUCCGUCCGGUGACUCUUCCUUUGGAGAACGACCGAGUGUGACGCCCAUCACAGGCAAAGCGUCCUUGAGCGAGGUUGUCAAGAGCGAUCGAGCCCCAAGUUCUACGGAUACACUUUCCGAGCCGCGCAAAUCGUUCCGAAAGAAGAGCUUGCAUUUGAUGGAUAUCAGAGGCGCAAGACGUCAUCACAGUAGUCAUGGCAGCUCCAUCACUCAGGCACCCACGCCACCAGUGCCCGAAAGUCCCGGAAAGACGACGCAAGGACGUGCCCGACACGACUCCACGGUCACCGACCGAUCCACGACGAGUACUUCCUUGCAAUCGCUGUUGACCGCCUCCUUUUCAAUGGCGAGUAGACGAAGCAGUAGCAGCAGUAUGACCACGAGUAUGCAGAGUUACACCACGGCCACGAGUAUUGCUUUCCAUGCUCAAGAAAAGAAUCAGUAUUUACGCCGUCAGCGGCUCCGAUGGCAUCAGCUACUCGUUCGACUUUGGCUCAUGUCGACCUCGAGCUUCAUCAAAGCCGGUCGAUUCCCGGAAGCUAGCGCGGCGCUCUUGGAAGCUGAGCAACUAGGGUUGCAUGAUGCGGACGUGUGGCAUCAAUUGGGACGGUUGUGUCUUUGUGCACAGCAAGAUGCGGGGCAAACCAAGGAUGGGCUUACUGACACUGCCUUGGAAGCCUUCAAGAAAGCCUUGUCGCUUGACGGAAAUCACACUGAAACCCACGUGUCGAUGGCUUCCACCUACAUUGGACUAGGCGAAUGGGAACUGGCCGACGGUUUACUGGAUCGCACCAUCAAGGGGUUAGGAUGGGACCACGCUGAAGCUUGGUACCUGAUGGGAACCGUUGCACAGCAUUACAACGAUAUCGAACGUGCCAAGGAUUGCUUCUUAUACGCGCUCGAACUCUACGAAACUACCCCACUACAACCCUUCCAUCUCCUGCAACCUGCCCACUAAAUGACCUAUUUUUGUUUUCAAUUGUUCGCGUUAAAACCGGCGCAUGUCCGUGGCUCAUAUUUUUACCCUAGAAAUCAGUUUGCGCUUUGAACGUCUUUUUCGCGCUUGAGCGUCUCUUUGCGGAUUGUUCUGCGAAUUGUUUUCU